AUGGGGAUUCGCCCUUUGAUUCGAAGAGGCCGAGCGGUCUUCCGUCGUGUCAAGGUCGACCAGGACGAGUCUAUCAGCAGCUCGGUCGACAACGAUGUCGCCAGAACUACCGUUGAGCCGGAAAAGAUCCACGAUAGAGAAAAUCAGACAGCUCCCAUGGACCCCGAAGCGCCCGUUGCGAACAAUGGUGCUGAACUGCCCGGUGUGCCAUAUGAUGAGCUUCAAACCGGUGUAAAGGAUAUGGAAGCCCUUGCGACGAAUUGGUCAAAGGGAGCCUUGAUCGCAGUUUUCAUCAACAUCUGGUUCCUCUACUUCGUCUAUGCUUUCGUCUCGUCGGUCAACGGCAGCUUGUCUAGCUACGUCGCGAGUUCUUUCAAGCUACACUCACUGUCCAAUCUUCCCACUCAACUAUCCGAUGCUUUCUCGGCUGCCUGUUUCAUUCCGAUGGCCAAGGUCAUGGACACUUGGGGCCGUGCCCAAGGAUUUGCCCUGAUGGUGGUCUGCGCCACUGUCGGUUUGAUUCUCAUGGCAUCUUGCGACAGCUUUGCCAUCUACUGCGCUGGCAACGUCUUCUACAAUAUGGGCUUCACCGGCAUGGAAUAUUGUGUCGAUGUUAUCACCGCCGAUCUGUCCCAACUGAAGAACCGAGGAUUGGCCUACGCCUUCACAUCCUCACCGUAUAUUAUCACCGCAUUUGCCGGCCCCAAGGUCGCAAACGAGUUCUACUACGACAUCAGCUGGCGAUGGGGUUACGGUUGCUGGGCAAUCAUCUUCCCCUUCGUUGCUGCUCCGUUGUUCUUCGUCCUGAAAUAUAACCUUGACCAGGCCAAGAAGAACGGCCUUAUUGUCAGGGAGCCAAGCGGGCGGACUCUCAUCCAAAGCAUUGUGCAUUGGACUCUCGAGUUCGAUUUCAUCGGUGUCUUCUUAUUUACUGCUGGGCUCCUCUUGUUCGAGCUGCCAUUUGACAUCGCAAGUCAAGCUCCGAACGGCUGGGGUACGGGUUAUAUCAUCGCUAUGAUUGUGGUCGGAUUCUCGAUGCUCUUCAUCUUUGCCCUCUACGAGCAAUUCAUCGCCCCUAAGCCUUUGCUCAGCAUUGCCUUCCUCACAAACCGGACCGUCAUUGGUGCCUGUCUUCUGGAUGCGACCUACCAGCUCUCCAACUACUGUUGGAGUCUCUACUUCCAGAACUUCCUGCAGGUGGUCAAUAAUUUGACCAUUGCCACUUCCGGAUACGUUGUCAACACCUUCGACGUGGUCUCUGGUGUUCUUCUCCUGAUUGUCGGUUGGGCGAUUCGUAAGACUGGCCGUUUCAGGUGGCUCCUGUACAUCUCCGUGCCCCUGUAUAUCUUUGCCCAGGGCUUGAUGAUCUACUUCCGCCGUCCCGAUCAGAACAUUGGCUAUCAAGUCAUGUGUCAAAUUUUCAUCUCCAUGGGUGGCUCGGUCUUCAUCAUUGUCGAGCAGAUCUCCAUCUUGGCCGCUGUGGACCAUCAACAUGUCGCUGCUGCACUUGCUUUGCUGAAUGUUGUUGGCACCAUCGGUGACUCGGCCGGUAUCACCAUCUCCACGGCGAUCUGGACAAACACAUUCUACCCGGCUCUGCAACGAAAUCUCCCGGAGUCUGCCAUGCCCAACAUCGAUAACAUCUACGAGGAAAUCACAGAGCAGCUCAGUUACCCCGUCGGAAGUGCUGCAAGACUCGCUAUCCAGAAUGCUUACUCCUACGCCCAGGUGAGAAUGCUUUCUGCUGGAUUGGGCGUCAUGGGUCUGGGAAUCAUCUGGACUUUCGUGAUCAAGGAUAUCAACCUCAAGAAGAUCCAACAGGUCCACGGUGUGAUUUUCUAA